AUGAUCAAAUCUCUUGGAGUACUUUUCACUCUAGCGGUUGUCGCCGUUUCGGAAGGAGCGCUGCUUCAUCUGUUGUCCGCUGGAUUGGCUUUAAAGACGCACGUUCUCACUGCGAAAAGCCUGAAACCAGCCGUACCAGUUAAACUGAAACUGUACGCUCCAUCUCACCCGUACCCACCUGCGAUCAAACCACCUAGUCACUAUGGAGUUCCUAUUAUCAUUCCACCGCUGCCUCCAAUAACUACUACAAUACCACCGCCUACUACAACACAACCACCACCACCUCCACCUACUACUACGCAUCCUCCACCACCACCGCCUACUACUACACAACCUCCACCGCCACCACCACCACCGACAACAACAACUACUCCUGCACCUCCGCCGGAAACAACCCUUCCACCGUACAUUCCUCAUGAAAUCUACGGCAUUCCAGUAACACUACCAGCAAUCGAACCUCCGACCGAGGAACCACCACACAAUCCGGAGGACUGUCCGCUCACCGUUCUACAGGAGAACUUGUACAAUCUGGAAAAUACCUUCGGUGAAAACCCAACCAGCCAAGUCGUAGUGUACCCAGCCAUUCCAGCCAAUCCGUCAUCUCCCGUACAGGAAACCUAUUGGCAAACCGUAAUCAAUCCGGCUUCACCGGCGGUGGAGGAUCCCAAUCCGUCGAUAGUCGGACAGAGCUGGGAAGAACCGGCACCCAAUCCACCGAUAGUCGGCCAGAGCUGGGAAGAUCCGGCUCCCAAUCCGCCGAUAGUCGGACAGAGCUGGCAAGAACCGGUCCAACCGGAACAAGCAGCUCCGUACCCUCCGAGCUUGAGCGUUCCCGCUGUGGAAGAUCCCACGCUAAUCGGUGAUUUCAAUCACAUUGGAGAAGCCUGGUCUCCUCCAAAUGUACCGAGCUGGGAAGAUCCGGCUCCCAAUCCGCCGAUAGUCGGACAGAGCUGGCAAGAACCGGUCCAACCGGAACAAGCAGCUCCGUACCCUCCGAGCUUGAGCGUUCCCGCUGUGGAAGAUCCCACGCUAAUCGGUGAUUUCAAUCACAUUGGAGAAGCCUGGUCUCCUCCAAAUGUACCGGUUGUACCCGCACUACAGUAUGGGGCACCUUAUUGA